AUGACAAAGCAAACAGUUUAUUUAAUUACAGGUGGAAAUAGGGGUAUUGGGUUUAACUACGUUAAGCAAAUCAGUCAAAGGGAAAACAGCGUGGUAAUCACCACUGCAAGAAAGCCAGAAGAGGCCACUGAAUUGAAUCAGUUGAUUAAAACUAAUCCUAAUGUUCAUGUUGUCGAGUUAGAUGUUAGGUCGAAACAAAGCAAUUUGAAUGCGGCAACCGAAGUUGCAAAACUCGUUGACGGAAUUGAUGUCUUUAUUUCUAAUGCAGCUAUUGCAGAUAGUUAUAAGACUGUUUUAGAAGCUGAUGAAGAAGUUUGGACUUCUCAUUGGAGAACAAAUGUUCUUGGAACUAUAUUUCUGUAUCAAGCCUUCUAUCCUCUUAUUGCAAAAGGAAACAAGAAGCAGAUUAUAUUUAUAUCUAGUGCUGGAGGUUCAAUUGGAGGCUUCUUCGAAACAAGUAUUUCUGCCUAUGGUCAAUCGAAGGCUGCUUUGAAUUAUACUGCCAAGGAAAUUAGUUUCGAAUUACGUGACGAAGGGUUUACUGUAGUGGCCAUUCACCCAGGGAUGGUUACCACUGAUAUGGGAAUCUAUGGAAAAGAAAAUAUUAUAAAGUCAACACCAGAGCUUAAAGAAGCAAUCGACUCCAUGGUCAUCACGCCAGAGACUAGUGCUUCAUCCUUGCUUAGUGUAUUCGAUAAUUUAAGCCCGGAUGAUAAUGGAAAAUUUAUUGGUCAUGAUGGCUCUGAGAUUCCUUGGUAA